AUGGAAUAUCUUCAGCCACUAAGUAGACUAUCCCAUACAAAUUCGAACCACUCACCAUGUCAUUCAUUCAAUCGGUAGGUGUCAAUUCAGCAGUGCCAGCCAAGCAGGGUGUUAUAAUAGGAAUGUUGGUAGGUUGGAUCUUACGGGUGCUGAUGAUGAAUGGAGCGGACAGUGUUUCCGAAAACAUCAAUUUUCGGCUCUACGAUAUAUCGAUAGAGCCAGAGUUUCACUUCAGGCGAUUUGUGAUCCUGGAAUACGCCACAAGCUAUACCCGUUUGGCCAUCACGCAUAUCAAUAAUGAAAAGCCACGAUUAUUAGGGCCAGCUGAACCUCCCCUGCAUACAGGUUACAAACUUUGUAGCUGUCAUUCGGUUCUAGACUUUCGACACGGUCUCUGUUCCUUGCUUCAUCAAACUGCGCUCCAUCAGUCCCGCCAACGAACUGACGUAGAUAACGUUCUCAAAGCCAUAUAACUCUGUCCCAAGGACUGCAUCAUCACAUACCGCCAUGGCUCCAUACGCAAUCUCAAUCGACAACCGCUCCGACAUCAAGCGGUCUUACGCCCUAUUCGCUGAACCGCCAACCAUCAAGCACAACGGCGGCUCGGCCAUCAAAGUGGUCACUCGCAUCAUCAGCAGCGCCCGGGGGGUGGCAUCCCCGCAUGGCCAGGCCAACUUCACGUUCUCCAAAAAGUUGUACGCAAGAUGCGGGGUCUACGAUGUCGAAGUCGACCCGUCACCUGACGACCAGAACCGAAAACGCGUCGGGAGCGGCGUUGAGGUCAUCGACCAGCGACUUGUCACACUCGGGUCGACAGACAAACAUGGCAAUAUCGUACCCGGGACCACGCUCAUGAUAGACAGCUCAAGCGGCACGCCGGCGUUUACCGAGAACAACCCCGCGCCGUCCGGUGCUGUUGGGUGCUUCUGCAUUCAGACCCGAGACGACUUUUCGGUCAAGGAGGCGAAGCUGAACCAAUUCGUUGUUGGCUUCUGCUCGUCCACACGCCAGAGCAUCGGCCCUUAUGCCACCUUCGUCCCGCAGCCCAGCGAGGAGUAUCAGAUCGCGCCAUCCAAGGGCUUUUACGUGGUCGUGGGGAAUUUCAACCCCUACGACCUCGCCGACAUGAGGCUCAAGGACAGCAUGUCCUCCUGCUAUGUGGAUUUUGCCUCCCUCGAGACGGACUCUGUCACACUAGUCCACCACAGCAACGGGACGCUCGUCAGGCAGGUGGUCACAGAUGGGGAGAUGAGGCCGGUGCCAGUCCCAUCACCCAACCCCCCAGUCUUUGCACGAGCUUUUGCGAGAGAGGAAUUCAGGGUCGGAACUGCAACAGUCACGGCUAGGUCGAGUCAGGACGAUGUGAGUUCGAAUUCGAUAUCAGGGAGCUCUGCUGGCACCUCGACACCGACUUGGUCCGUCUUGAGCUGAUCAUUUUUCACAUGUUACUGAACUUCAAUUGAUAUUACAAGCCUCUGACAAGGCAAUACUCGUACACCUUUCCCCACAACACCAUCUCACCCGCACAAAUCAAACAGAGCCACGCUGGGAUCAUGGUCCGACACCAUCUCGGCGUACGACCCCCAAGUGUUGACGUGAAUGUGCUCAAAGUCGCUCUUGCUGCUGGCCGCAAGCGAAGGGCUGACGUACAUGUGGUCGAGCGCCUGGGCGUUCAUGUCAAAGGCGUAGGUGUACCGCUCGGUGGGCUUGAUGCCGGCCACCUCGUCCAGGUCCUUCAUCUUGCUGAUCUCGGCAAAAGUCUUCAUGGGCCGGACAAAGGAGAACUCGUUAAAGUCACCG